AUGUGACUGAGGUCCGGGGGAAACGGGGGAGGGGGCUGGGGGGGAAAUAAAAGGGGCUGGCAGGGUACAGCCAGGAAGGGGAUCUAGGAGACCCGCCUCCCACCACGAUGUCAGCCCAGGUGAAGGAUAAAGAGGCUUUCCAGAGGCUCAGCUUCCUCUACCAGGCGGCUCACUGUGUCCUCGCCCAGAACCCCGAGAACCAGGCGCUGGCCCGAUUCUACUGCCAUGCCCAGCGCAGCAUCAGCCGCAGGCUCGUCCUGAGACAGGACCCAUCGGUGAAGAGAACCAUCUGCAAAUCCUGCUCCUCCCUCCUGGUCCCUGGCGUCAGCUCCACCGUGCGCCAGAGAAGGCACCGCGGCCGGCGUUGGUCAGUCGUACGGUGUCUCUGCUGCGGCCAGACCAAGCGCUUCCCAAGCAACCCAGGGUACAAGCUGUGGGCGGAGCAGCCUGAGGCCCUGCUGGAGAACCAGCCCCAAGCCGACCAGAAACCUGCAGCCCCCCAAGAUCCCCCAAAGGAGCCCUCAGCACAGAAGGCCAAAACCCCCAGUGUGGCCUCCGGUCUCGAGAGCCACCCCACUCCGCAGAGGACCACAGAGGCCGGGACCCGGGUGGGGAAAGGGGGCCCAAGCAGGAGGUAACCCCCGGGGAUGGCCGUGAGCAGGGGCCAGUGGCUUAGGGCCUGAUCCCAGCCGGGGGCUGGUAAGGACAGGCCUGGAGCAGGUUUUAGGAGACUCCGUUCGUGAGAGAGGUGCCAAGACUGAUUUUAAAAGGGGGAGGAAGAGAAACGACCCCCUUGAAACUAUCCACUCCUGGGGCACUGGCUGGCUCAGGGGGUGGGGAAUGGGGUACGGGAUCUUUCCCCUCUGUGGGGCACCAGCUCCCAUCUGGCCCCAGGGCGGGAAACUGGCUAGCUCAGGGGGUGGGGAAUGAGAUAUGGGGCCUUUUCCCGUCUAGGGGGCGUCGGUUCUGAUUCAGUGGGUUUUUUUGGGGGACCUUGUCUAUUUAUAAACAAAAACAAAUUGUAUCUCUGUGUGUAUUUUUAGAAGCGCGUUUCCUGCCGCAGGAUCUUUUAUGGGCUUAAAACAAGCUGGUGGGAGGGGGGACCGUAACGGAUGGAACCCCUCUAGGAUUACAUGUUGGGGAAGGGGGGAAUACAGUGGAGGGGACUCCUGGGGGGUGGUUCAAGGACGGAGGGACUAUAUGGUCCUGGCUAGACUUGAUGGGGGGCUGAUGGGAGAAACCCUUUACAGUUACCAGUGGGAAUACUAGGGACUGGGAUGUCCCAUGGGAAGCGUUUGCUCCCCUGGAUGGUUGGUUGCGGCGCUUCUUGCUUGGCCCCUGCUUCGCUUCCCGGUUUGGGCCAUCAGCUGGUUGGGGUGUUACCCGCACAAAAUUCUCUGUUACACACUCUAGGGCACCCACCUUUACCCAAUUUCUAGGGCUCAAGGUGUAAGCCUCUUAAUUUAGGCACCCACACCCACUGUUCCCUCU